UCUAACUCUAACGCCGCCGCUACGGCUUGUUCUCGCGGGGGAUUGUCCAGUCGUCGCCGGCGGCCGCGGCUGGGAGCACGCUUCGUCGUGACGCUCGGAGCUGAACCUAGAGAGAGAAGGCAUCGGUGUCGGGCCGCCCAGGUGGAGGGAUCGGGCGGCGGCGCCCGGCGACCCCCAUCAUCCUCGGCGCGGCCGCGGCAUGGACGGCCCCAGGAGGAGCGCGGCCGCGGCGGCCUUGCUGCCCGACGACUCCAUCGUGGAGAUCCUCUCCCGCGUCCCGGCCAGAUCCCUCUGCCGUUUCAAGUGCGUGUCCAAGGCCUGGCGCGACCUCAUCGCCGACCGCUUCCGCUGCAAGAAGCUCCCCCAAACCCCCGAGGGCUUCUUCUACGCCUACGACGACAACAAGAUGCGUGGCUGCAGCAGUAGCGAUGAUGGCGGUAGUAAGGGAAACGGCGGCGGCGCGAGCUCUGAUCGCGUCGCCCAUGGGCACUUCAUCAACACAUUGGGUAGAUCUGUGCCCCUCGCUUCCUACUCCUUCCUGCUGGAGCAGCCUGGAAUUGAGGCCAUCGGUCUCAUGCGUUCCUGCAACGGCCUCCUCCUCUUCGGGCACAGAAGGGAUUCGGACACCUAUGAAUCACUGGGCUAUAUUGUGUGCAACCCCGUCACCGAGCAAUGGGUGGCUGUGCCCAGCUCCGGCUGGGAACCUUUAUACCCAUCCGAUGAGAGCGAGGACUCUGACUCUGAAACUGGAUAUAACUGCCCUCCUUUCACCUAUUUGAUUUUCGACCCUGCUGUGUCCUCGCACUUUCACUUGGUCCAGUUCUGGACGUACGAUGAUGUAUUCGUGGAAGAGGUUCACACUUACUCGUCUGAAACUGGGGUAUGGUCUGAGUGUACAAGUGAGUGGUGUUCAGAUGAGGGCUUAUCAUUCUUUGCAGGAAGUGCCUUUGUUCAUGGCAUGCUGCAUUUCAGUGUCACCCGCUUUGGUGGGGAAGGGAAGAACUGUCACCAGGAGCAAAUUGUUGCAGUUGAUGGGGAAGGGAAGAAGUGUAGGAUCAUUAGCGGGCUGGAGAAGCCUGGUGAUGCUGUUUUUGUUGGUCAAUCCCAAGGACUCCUGCAUUACAUGAGUCAACACAGAGACAACACUCUGCCACAUGACUGAACUGUCCAUUUGGGUUCUUCAGGACUACGAUACAGAAGAAUGGGUUCUGAAGCACAAUGUGUCCUUUAUGCAGCUGUUUGGAAGAACGAGUUGCCAAGUUGAACAUGACUACAGUAUGAUUGCCAUUCACCCAGAUCGCAACCUGAUCUUCUUUUUUCAGGACUGGGACCUGAAACUGAAAUCAUAUGACAUGGAUAGCAAGGAAGUGCGCACUCUCCGCACUCUAGGGGUUGGCUGUCAGAAUAUUUUACCAUAUGUUCCCUAUUUCAUGGAGUCAUUGGUACUUCUACUUCAUAGUAAGCACUGAAAUUGUGCCUUGUGAGGUACUAGUCAAAUUUGAUAUUCCAAGUAAUGUGUUCCAGCACAGGAGCAUCUAGCAACAUAAAUAUAUCUGUAGAAUUAGGUAAUGUGUUCUGAUGGUGCUUCGAUGUAUUACUGCUCAUGCAUUUUGUGUGCUAGAUACUGCAAACAAAUACUCGAGGCACGCGUGUAAGUUACCAUUACAUAUGUAUGUUAUGCCUAAGUUGCAGAAUGUAUGAUGUUUGAAAUUCAAGUUCCUAAGUUCUGCUUUUCCUGUUUCCAGAAUCAUAAUGGCUGUAGCACUUUCUUCAGUUAUAUUUUUCACUGAGUGUUCAAGAAUUGUGAAUAUUUGUUUCCUCUGUUUUUUGUUUGUGCUGAAAGGAUAAAUCUUCCUUGUUGCCAGCAAUGCAUGGUAUUGCAAAUUUCAAAAUUGAAAACUCCACGGCAUUAACAUCAAGGGCUGCCCUUGCUGAUAUUUAUUACAUUUUGUAUUGAGCUUCCAGAUCAUUUCUUUUCUAAACUUUCGCUGUUCAGGUUGUAAGCUAUGAUUUCAAGGAGGUGGGGUUUGCGCAAUUGCACAGAACAGCACUCGGAUUUCCGGAAGGAAGAUUUUUCUUCUCAGGUAUGCCAGCAAGACCUGCCACAAGGAAGGCUGCUCUGGAAGGUGAAGCCGCUGUCAGGGCUUAGUUCCUGGAAGAUCCAUAUGGAUGCCUAGGCUCUCUCCACAUGAAGAGGCUGAAGAGGGAUCCAUUUCAUCGUACCAUUCCGUACCCUUAUGGUUGCCCUGAGUUGAAGAGCCUGUUCUCCUACUGUGGCUCAGUGCCUUUCUCCGUGCACCUCCCUUGGACAGAAUAGUUACAUGAAGGAUCAGACAGACUCCUGCCUGCCUCUGCAGAAUUCCAAUUCCAAUAUACUUGCAAUGACCAAGUUCUGAACUGACGGGGAAGAGAAUAUUUACACUUGUGACAAUUGAUUUUGCAAGGUAGAAGCAAUGCUGCAUGGUCGAUAUAUAGAUUUUCCUCUUUUUUCCUUCUUCCUUUCCUGCCAGUCUCCUUGCCUCUUGCACACGUGUUAUGUAGAAAGAACUUUCCUUGUAGCUGAACCUGCUCCUGUUGUGAUAAUCUGGGUAUAUCAUGAACAUUUGGUACUAAUUGAUAUCCUGCUGUUUUUGCACUACUGA